AGAUUGUGUGAUUUUGAGAGUGUUGGGAGGUUUUUUGUUUGUUUUGUUUUCGCCAAAGAAACAUGGCGACUCGCUCCACGGAAAAGGGGAAACUUCGCCUGAAGGGCCGGAAGAUAACUAUAACUCCGGAAGAAGAACCAGCGACGAAGAAAAUCACGAGGGACUCUGAUUUGGGCAUCGACAAAGUUCUUGUGACUAUCGGAGAUUCGCGCGAAGUGAAAACCGAGCCCGGUGUUGAUCAUCAGCUAUCAAUGAAAAUCGUCAGUUUGUCUUCCUUUGGAUCUGGUUUCGAGGGACCUAUCAAGGAUAAACUGCCCGAUGAACUGGUGGUGGCUGAAACCUGGAUGGCCUCACCGAAAGCCGAUCGACAAGCAAGCUGUCGUCUCCUCCUGAAAUCUAUCGAAGCCAUUCGUUUACGUAAGGAGUCGAAUACUGCUGAUGAUUCGUGGAAGGCCGCGAUGAUCAGGCAAAUCCUCGACGGUGUCGUUAAUUUGCGGACCAUGAACAGGUACCAGAAGUUGUGUUUGAACUCGACGCGUGAGGCUGCGAAAAAUGCUCGGUUGCUGGCGGAUAAAUUGCAGUACAAGUACCAAAACUGCGUGGCUGAGGCCAAUUACGUGCGGAGAGAAGUUGGAAUGUGCAACAAGUUCCGCUCAUUAGACGAAGAGAUGAACUUGAUGCCGGUUGAGGAAUUCCUUAGGAAUGCUCCCGAAUCCCUUCGACCCGAGGGCAUUGAAAAGAACCCACAUGAGUUGCAGUUGGCACGAUUGCAAUACGAGCUUCAGUUGCGAGAAGAAUUGAGUAAGCAAUGCGAGAUGGAACGAGAGUCAGAGAAGAAAUUCAAGCUGGAGAUUAAGACUAUGGAAGAGACGAUCCGUGGGUUUCUUCCGGUCGUUGAUAACGUUUUGGAGAGCUGCAAACAAUUCGGACAGUUGUUCCCCGAAUCGGAGAAGGUCUUCAAAGGAAUCGAACUCGAGGAAAAGUCUCGAGCUCUUCCCGCUCCUCUUCACGCAAUCUUCUCCAAGUUCUUCAGCUAUGAGGAAGUUUGCCGAUCUUCCUUGACGAUUACCAUUUACGGCGACAUGGACGCAGCAUUAGCACUGGAAGAACACGAUCCUUGGAAACAUUUAGCCGUCAUUCCUCCGCUGGAAUCGGAGCUUGAAGAGCUACACUCUGAUUCGGACGAUGGUCGAGACCGUUCGGAAUCCAGCGACGAGGAAGACGAAGAUGAUGAAGAAGAUGACGAUGAUGAUGAGGACGAGCGACAGGAAUGGAUCGAGCCAUCCGCAAAGAGCAAUGCGGAUGAAGAAACCGAAGUCGCGGCCAAAGAGGAUCGCGAACGUCUGGAAAAUAACACAGAAUCCGAGGCUGUGAAAAUGGAAGAAGACGAAGAACAGGAGGAAGAAGAAGAAGUAGAAGCAGCAGCGUCCUCUAGAAGCAAGGAAACGAAUGCGAGGAGAGGAAGAGAUUCGAGUCGGAAACGGAAAAAGGAGAAGAGACGUGACAAGGAGGCCUUGAGGAGGCGAAGACAGGAUGAGUUGGAGGAGAAGAGGAAGAUUGCCUGCACUGCUCAUCCUUUGUCUUUGACUGUCCAUCUUCAUGUUGGGGACAAAAGUUCUCUGGUGAUGCACUUCCAUUACUACCCCUAUUUCAACAUCAUCACGAUCAAAGCAAACAUUGACAACCAAGACCCACGAGCAGCUUCAAGUCGUCACGCGUCAAAGGCUCUCUCGAACAAGUGGUUGGUCAGCGAACUCUUCAAUCUCGGCGAGGAAGAAUGCGAUCCCUUCAAAACCUGGCACAUAACCCCGACGUUUCUGCAUCGCGCCAAACGGUUGAAAAUCUCUCGUCGAAUAUUCAGCACCAGAAUCGACGGCCGCGACAUUGGUUACCCCCUUUGGUGGGUCAACGUCUGGGCCGGGCUUCGACCCCUGGAACCCGUGGAUGUCGUCGGGAAAUGGACUGCGGAUGAAACCGGGUCCUCGGAAGGGAAAGAAGAUGAAGAAGAAGCAGCAGCAGCGGCAGUAGUGGAGGAGACCUUUGUGAAGGAAGAGGAUGCCAAGAAGAAGCGAGACGUUAAUUGGACUUCGAAACUGGAGACUGACAAUUUGCUGACGAGACUGCGACAAAGAAUCGGAGCACGGAUGAUCCUCACCUCUGAACUUGCUCUCAUAGAGGAAUUUGCGAAUAAAAACAAGAAAUACUUGGAAUCGGGUUCAGAUUCUGGUUCGAAACCUGAAGUAGGCAUUAUUAAGUCGUCCCAGACUUUGUUUCCACUAACUGGACCGAUAUCGUUGUUGACUUCCUGGAAAUACGUUUCGGAUGGCGACAAAACGGAAUUCUAUGACCAGUCGGAAGAAGAUGGAGGAGAACCCCGGAAAGAGGCGAAUUCCCUGCAAUUCACGGGGGUCAUCACCAGGGAUGCCGCAACACUGAAUUUCCUGGUGAGCUUGAACUCAAAUUAUCCACGACAGCUUCCGAAGUUCCAAAUAAUCGUGGACAAGGAGUCGAAAAGGAAUGCACGAAACGAUCUCGACAUUAGGGACAUGGAACGGGAAAUGAAUUAUUUCUGGGUGAAGGAAGUACGUCGGGAAAAGCAGCUGCUUUUCUGCAGUGUUCAGAAGUUAGCGGUUCUGUUCGAUGUGUACUUGGAAACUAGGUUCCGAGGAUUUUCCAGGACCUACAAUUAUUCUCGCUUGAGCAAGUCAGCGACGGAAGAAAGGUUGGCGAGCAUAUUUGAACCGUUCGGUCAAGUGACGAAUGUUCAACUCAAGUACACCAAAGAAGGGAAAUUCCGACAGUUUGCCUUUAUUGGCUUCAAAACUCCGGAUUCAGUCGCUGAAGCUAUUAAGAAGCUAGAUAAAACCUUUCUCGAAGGAAACAAACUCGCUGUUGAAGUUUGCAAGAAGCUAGGUGAAACACAACCUCGACGGAAGCCGUUCACUGAAAGAUUCCACGAUGACGAAAGCAAGACGAAAGGAGUUCCUAAAAAUGGGAAGAAAGAAAACGGAGUCAAAUUGAUUGCUUCCAAGAUCCAGAAAAAUGAUCCGAACUAUCAGGAAUUCCUCGCAUUGCACUCCAAGGGUUCCAUUCGAGAAAAUGGUCAGAUUGAUGAAGAAGGUGAAGAAACAUUUCCUUCGUCGAACGAAAUCCAAGAAGAAGAAGAAGGAGGAGAAAAUGCUGCGGAUGAAGCGGACAUGGAUUAUUUAGCAUCGAAAAAGACGAAGAAAUCUGGAACAGCUGCCCUGGCAUCCGAAGGGCCAGCUGAUAAAUCUGUGGAGCCGAAAGCGAAACCGUCGUCUGUCCACAGAAAAUAUGGCGUUUUGCCCACAGUGAAGAUCCGAGGCUUGCCAUACACCAUCAAAAAAGGUGCUUUGAAGCAGUUUCUUCGCCCUGCAGUCGUUUUCCACGUCAGGAUCCCUUUACAUCAGAAGGGAAUGGCCUUUGCGACAUUCAAAAGCGAGGAGGAAGCGAACAAAGCUCUAGCCAAACAUCGCACUUUUUUGGGUGAACACAGGAUAUCAAUUACUCGCAACGAAGUGAAAGAGAUGCUCCUGGCCAAAGAAGACAAGUACGAGAAGUUCAAGGAGCUGGAAGCGAAACUCGCUGCCGAAGAAGAACCAGUUGGAGAAUCCGGUCGUUUGUUCAUCCGCAACUUGUCCUACUCUGCCACUGAAGAAGACCUCGAGGCCCUAUUCACGCCCUUUGGCCAAGUGACGGAGAUCAACUUGCCGGUCAACAAAACCACUCGACGCAUCCUCGGAUUCGCCUUCAUCUCCUUCCUGUUUCCGGAACACGCUGUGAAGGCGUUACAGGACCUGGACGGAACUGCGUUCCAAGGCCGUCUUCUGCACAUUCUGCCGUCGAAAGAAGCCCGCCAGAAGACGUCCGGAGACGGCAAAGAGUUUAAGGAGAAGAAGAAGGAGGUGGUCGUUGGGAAGGCCAGCACUUGGAACGCGUUGUUUGUGGAUGCGAAUGCCGUGGCGGAAAUUAUGGCUGAUCGUUACAGGGUGUCGAAAAAGGCUGUUUUGGACCCUGGUGAUCGUGGUGAUACUAGUGCUGCUGUGAGAACUGCACUGGGAGAAACGCAGAUUGUGGAGGAGACGCGGAAGUUUCUCGUGGACAAUGGUGUUUGUCUGGAUGCCUUCUCUUUGGAAGAGGGUCACGUCCGGAAGCGAUCGAAGCGAAUCAUCCUCGUGAAAAACCUCCCGGCUGCCACAGACUCCGAUGCGGUCAAGAAACGGUUCGGCAAAUUCGGUGUAGUUGAGCAGGUCAUUCUCCCCCCGACCGGAACAACUGCGAUAGUAGCCAUGGAAAACGCGACCGAGGCGAAAGCCGCCUUCGAAGCCCUGGCAAACAAGGUGCUUAAGCGUGAUUCGAAGCUUCCCAUGUACUUGGAAUGGGCGCCCAAAGACGUGUUGGUGGCCCGUCAAGUGCCUAAGGUGGAAGACGACGUUCUGGACCAGGCGACCGAAAACAGCUCGACGAUUUUUGUGAAGAAUCUGAAUUUUAAGACGGACGAUGAAGCCUUGCACAAUCACUUCCGGAAAUGCGGGAGAAUAGUUUCAGCGACGGUGUCGAAGCACUUCAAUCCCAAGCAAGGGAAAAACGCUUCGAACGAACCCUUGUCUUUGGGCUACGGGUUCGUUCACUUCGAAGCUCGAAAUAGCGCCAUGAAGGCGUUGAAGGAACUGCAAGGCAGCUCGUUGGACGAUAGAGUCUUGAAAUUGAAAUUGUCCAAGAAGACGAGAAACGAUGCCGGUGAUGCGGAAGAUGGGAAACCCGCGGCGAAACCCGUGGAAAUGGACGCCCCAAAAAUUCUCGUGAGGAAUAUUCCGUUCCAGGCGAACCGGAAGGAAAUCACAGACUUGUUCAAGACCUUCGGCGAGGUGAUCGCUGUGCGAUUACCCAAGAAACCCGGCCUGCAAGGAGAGCAUAGAGGAUUCGGCUUUGUGCAUUUCACGACGACUGAAGCAGCCGAGAGAGCUUUGGAAGCCCUUCGUCACAGUACCCAUCUUUACGGUCGCAGACUCGUCCUCGAAUGGGCUAAAGGCGAAGACACUGUGGAAGACAUUCGGAAGCGAACAGCAGCUCAAUUCCACGGAGAAAGCGCAGAGAAAACUUUGAAGAAGAAGAAAUUCGGCGAAAGUCUCGAAAGCAAAAGACCCAACAAUGCUGGCAGUGAUGAUGAUUCAUGACCGAAUGAAUCCUUUGUUUGUUUUUUCGUUGGGGAACAUUGGCGUGUUCUUUUUUUAGUUCGGCAAAUGUGAGCUUUUUUUGUUUGGAGUUCGUGAUUCAAAAGCGAGGAAUAACUUGAAUAUUGAUGUUCAAAGCUACAAAAUUUUUCCUGACCCAAGUUGAGUGAAAAAUCCGCCCGA